CGGCGACUUCCUGCUUCAUCCACUGCGCAGACCAACCCUGUCAACUAUCCACCCACGCUCAUCCACCACAUCUCCGAUCGCCACGAGAAGGAUCACGAUUCCGUCCAGUUUGGCGCCUGCUCUACCACCACGGGAGGAGCCCCUACUCUGCCCGUCCUAGCGACCAUUCCAUCCCCGUUGCGCCAACAUGUCUGAACGCAAGGUUCUUACGAAGUACUACCCCCCAGAUUUUGAUCCCAGCAAGAUCGGGAGACAGCGCAAGCCCAAGGAUGCCGGCCCCAAGAUACAGACCGUUCGCCUUAUGGCGCCUUUCUCCAUGUCCUGUCAAAAGUGCGGCGAGUUCAUCUACAAGGGUCGCAAGUUCAACGCCCGGAAAGAGCAUACUGACGAGAAAUACUAUGCGAUUACGAUUUUCCGCUUUUAUAUCCGCUGCACGAGGUGCUCUGCUGAAAUAACAUUUAAGACUGACCCUAAGAACCUCGACUACACCUGCGAACGUGGUGCAAAGCGUAACUUCGAGCCAUGGCGCGAGGCCAAGCUAGCUGAAGAGACAGAGGAGGAGCGCCUGGAUCGGCUAGAGAGGGAAGAGGCAGAGCGCGAUGCCAUGGCCGAGCUGGAGACGAAGACAUUGGAUGCGAAGACGGAAAUGGCAAUCGCAGACGCGUUGGAUGAGAUCCGGACGAGAAACGCGAGGAUAGAGAGGGGCGAGUUUGCUGCAGAAUCUGGAGCUGAGAAACCGGCGCCCGACUUGAAGCGCGAGCGGCAAGAGAAGGAAGACGAGGAAGCGGCUAAACGCGCCUUCGAGACCGCUACUGGUGAGCGCGUGCGGAGACUGGAUGAUCAGGCCGUUGCGGAGAGUUCGGCAAUGGCGGCGGAGCCCGCUGAAGCUAUGCCGCCGCCGACUUUUAAGCGUGCGCCCAAAAAGAAGAAGGAUUUGGGCGCAGCGCUUGGAAUUAAGAAGAAGCCUUCAUUGGUUUAGUGAGUUGGUUGGUGAAGUGGCGUAUCUAAUGACGGCGUUUGUGAAGGUCUUUUGGAAUUAGCAUCUCUGGGCGAGCUUGCGGGUAUGGAGUUGGUUGGAAACUUACGAUAUCACAGGGAAGAAUCUUUUUGAACAAUUCCUAGG